UUCUUCUUCUUCUUCUGAACCUCAAUUCUCAUUGUCAUUGACCGCCUGUCCAUCCCGAUAUCAACAUGGCCCGCCCCCAGAACGUCGGCAUCAAAGCCAUCGAGAUCUACUUUCCCAACCGCUACGUCCCCCAACGCGAACUAGAGAAAUACAUGCACGUCAGCGAAGGCAAACACACGAUCGGCCUGGGUCAAACGAACAUGAGCUUCUGUGAUGAUCGCGAGGACAUCAACACCCUAGCCCUAACCACCCUCUCCGCCCUCCUCGACAAAAACACCAUCCCCCGCAGCUCCAUCGGUUACUUGGGGGUAGGCACCGAAUCCCUGCUCGACCGCGCCAAAUCCACCAAAACCGUGCUCAUGCAGCUCUUCGGGCCGGAAAACCCCGACAUCGAGGGCGUGGACACCUACAACGCCUGCUACGGCGGCACGGCGGCGUUGCUGGCCGCCGUCGCGUGGAUCGAGUCCUCCGCGUGGGACGGCCGCGACGCCGUCGUCGUGUGCGGCGAUAUCGCCGCGUAUGCGCGGGAGGAUGCGGCGGCGCGGCCGACGGGCGGCGCGGGGUGUGUGGCCAUGCUGGUGGGGAGGGAUGCGCCGGUUGUGGUGGAGGCGGGGGUGCCGCGGGCGUCGUAUAUGCGGCACGCGUGGGAUUUCUUCAAGGCGGAUUUUGGACGGGAGGCGGCCGUGGUGGAUGGGGUGGGGUCCGGGAGGUGUUAUCUUGAGGCGCUGGAUGGGUGUUAUCGGUCUUGGGUUGGGAAGGUCAAGGCCGGUGAGCUGCGGGGGAAGGAAGGUGCUGUCCCGGGGAUGGGGGCUGGGGUUGGGGUUGAUAUUGACGUCUUCGAUUAUUUCCUCUUCCAUGCGCCGAACUGCAAGCUCGUGGCCAAGGGGUAUGCGCGGCUGCUGUGGAAUGAUUGGCUGCGCUCCGGGAACGUCCCGGAGGAGCUGAGGCCGGCGAGUUUGAAGGAUGAGUGCACCCUUGCUGAUAAGGGUCUUGAGAAGCGGGUGAUGGCGCUGGCGCAGUCCCGCUUUGAGCAAAGGGUGCAGCCCGGUUUGCUGGUCCCCACCCAGUGCGGGAAUAUGUACACGGCUAGUCUGUACUCCGGGCUCGUGGGCUUGUUGGCCUCCGUGCCGAGUGACCGGCUCCAGGGGAAGAGGAUCGGCAUGUUCAGUUAUGGGAGCGGGCUGGCGAGUACCCUGUUCACGCUGGCGGUGCGCGGGGAUACGACUGUCAUGGCGGAGAGGCUGGAUCUGCACCGGCGGUUGGCGGCCCGGGUGCCGGCUGCGCCGGAGCUGUGGGAUGAGAUGUGUCGGUUGAGGGAGGGGUCGUUUCAGCGCAGGGAGUAUGUGCCGCGCGGGGAUGUGGGGGAUUUGCUGCCGGGGACGUAUUAUUUGGAGUAUGUGGAUGAGAUGUUGCGGAGGAGAUAUGCGGUCAAGACUUAGGUGGAUUUCUUGGGGGAUGUGUGUUAAUAUGGAUGAGAGUGCUGUUCUAAAUGAGAUUAAGAUAAUUAAGUUUAUGAAUGGAGAUG